GCCGCCUUCUUUUUCAGUUCUCACAGCUCCUGACGUAGGCGGCAGAAGGGUAGCAACAGUUGCCUCGAGACCCCCGCGCUCGCGCACCAUAGCGACUGUAGUCUUGGAGACGGUUUCUUACCAACAGCGGAGAGCAACAGCAGCAGCAGCAGCAGCGGAAACUGGAGCUGAAACACAAAGUGUGUGUGAGAGUGUGUGUGUGUGUGUGUGUGUGUGUGUGUGUGUGAGAGUGAGAGUGUGUGAGAGACAGAAAGAGAGAGAAAAGACAAGAAAACAACCAGAAAGCUGACAAGGUGUGUGGUUUCCCCCCCCCUUUUUAACGAGAGAGAGAGAGAGAGAGACAGAGGACAUCAUGCAGAACUCAGAGGGCGGCUCGGAGGCAGCGUCCACAGUGACGCUACAGACGACCACUUCGGCCCAGGCGCCGGUUGUUCAACCCGUACCUCCAUCACAACAGAGGGUGUUAGUCCAGGCCACAGGUUCGUCCCCAAAGCCACAGGUCCAGCAGCUGUCUAGAGUGCAACAGGUUCCUCAGCAGCACGUACAGCAUGUAUACCCCACCCAGGUGCAGUAUGUCGAAGGUGGAGAAGCCGUCUACCCCAAUGGCGCCAUCCGCACGGCGUACACCUAUAAUCACGAUGCCCAGCUCUACGGUCAGACCAGCGGUAACACCUACUUUGACACUCAGGCAGGAGCGACGCAGGUCACCACGGUGGUCUCGUCAUCCAGCAGCGUGCCUUCCCACGGCAUGGUGGGCAUCGCCAUGGACGUGGGCAGCAGCCAGGUGAUCUCCAGCAGCGGUGCUUAUCUCAUUCACGGGGGCAUGGACGGCCGCCACCACGCCACUCCGUCCUCCCGGUCGUCCUCUGCAAUGCUUGAAAUGGCGAUUGAAAACCUCCAAAAGUCUGAAGGGAUUGCUUCUCACAAGAGCAUCCUGCUCAACAGCCAUCUGCAGUGGCUGUUGGAUAACUAUGAGACAGCGGAAGGAGUUAGUCUGGCACGCUGCUCCCUCUAUAACCACUACUUGCGUCACUGCCACGAGCAGAAGCUGGACCCAGUCAACGCCGCCUCCUUUGGCAAACUCAUCCGCUCAGUGUUCAUGGGGCUACGGACACGCCGCCUUGGCACCAGGGGAAACUCAAAGUACCAUUACUAUGGCAUCCGUGUGAAGCCCGACUCUCCUCUCAACCAGCUGCAGGAUGACACUCAGUACAUGGCCAUGAGACAGCAGCCCAUCCACCAGAAACAGAGGUUUAAGCCGCUGCAGAAGAUGGGUGGGAUGGGUGAGUGCAUUUCAUUUGGCUCUCAGCACUCCAGCAGCACGCCGGAGCAGAGCGUGGCCGCUCAGAGCCAACACCACCAACAGUACAUCGACGUGUCCCACGCCUUGCCCCCGUUCCCCUCUCUCGAUCUGGACUCCUGUCCGCUGCCGGAGCGCAUCACCAUGAACGAUGUGAAGAAGCUACAGAGCAUCUACAGGGACCACUGUGAGGCCACUCUAGAUGUGGUGAUGAAUCUGCAGUUUCACUUCAUCGAGAAGCUGUGGCAGACCUUCUGGUAUUCAGCACUGCCAUCUAGUGACGGCACCACCACCAUCCCCAGCAGUGAUGAGGAAAUCGAAGGCGUGAUCCCGAGGGAGAAGCUGAUCGCGCUGUGCAAGUUCGAGCCGGUGAAACAGUGGAUGAGGAGCUGCGAUCACAUCCUGUACCAGGCCCUGGUGGAGAUCCUCAUCCCUGAUGUCCUGCGGCCUGUUCCCAGUACUCUCACUCAGGCUAUUAGAAACUUUGCUAAGAGCCUAGAGGGCUGGUUGACUUCAGCGAUGAGUAACUUCCCCCAGGAGAUCAUCCGCACCAAGGCCGCAGUGGUGAGUGCGUUUGCGCAGACGCUGCGCAGGUACACCUCUCUGAACCACCUGGCGCAGGCGGCUCGGGCUGUCCUGCAGAACACGUCUCAGAUCAACCAGAUGCUCAGUGACCUCAACCGCGUCGACUUCGCCAACGUGCAGGAGCAGGCGUCAUGGGUGUGUCAGUGUGACGAGAGCAUGGUGCAGCGUCUGGAGCAGGAUUUUAAGAGGACGCUGCAGCAGCAGAGCUCUCUGGACGAGUGGGCCAUGUGGCUGGACAGCGUGGUGAGUCAGGUGCUGAAACCACAUGAGGGCAGUCCCAGUUUCCCCCGCGCCGCACGACAGUUCCUCCUCAAGUGGUCCUUCUACAGCUCCAUGGUGAUCAGAGACCUGACUCUGCGCAGCGCGGCAAGUUUCGGCUCGUUCCACCUGAUCCGCCUGCUCUACGAUGAGUACAUGUUCUACCUGGUGGAGCAUCGUGUCGCCCAGGCAACCGGAGAAACCCCUAUCGCCGUCAUGGGAGAGUUCAGUGACCUCAGCUCGAUGAUGCCGUCCCUCAUGGACAAAGAUCCGUCUUUCUCAGACGACAUGAGUGACCUGGGCAGUGACGCAGACGUGUCCCGGGGGACGUGCGAGCCUGCCGUGAAGAGAGAGAGAAUCGAGAUUAAUCACACUCUGCAGGAGAUCUGAAGUUGGUCCAGCGUGUGCGAGAUUGUGUGUGUGUGUGUGUGUGUGUGUUUAUCCAUGAGCAAACACUAGAAUCCACCAUUCUGCUCACGAGAGUUGAUGUAACACUGGCUGGAUUCUUGUUGUUUAUGAAAAACUAAUGCAGUCUACAGACUUUAUAGUUUGUGCUUGAGGCUCGUUUUCCUUUCCUCCUCCUCCUUCUUCUUCUUCGUGCCUCUGUGUGUAUAAUCUGUGCCAUAGUGUCCUUUCAGUGCCUUAGACGAGAGCAGAAACCACUUGAGCACACACCGUGCCUGUCCCGCGGUACUAUCGUAUCUCCUCGAGCACCUUUGGAAGAAAUAUUUCAGAUCCCCGUAGCGUUAGCUGCAGUCGCUCGCUCGCUCGCUCACUCGGGUCCCAUGCAAACACACAAAAAGACAAAGAGAAAAACACAACCCACAUACAAAGCACCCUGUCCGUAUGACAAGCCGUCGAUACCUCAACUGUUUCUAUGCUGCGCUGUUUUGUGUAAAGAGGCUCAACAGUCCGAGAGCUGCUCCUUAUAUAAAGUUCUUGAUGUAUGUAUGUAUGUAAACUUAUCAGCUUUACGGUUCGCGAUUAACACUACGUUCACAUCAGCAAGCGUUCAUUUCGACAACAGAGCUGCGAUUUCAAAUCGACAUUUUCUCAACACAAAAGCGACUCAUCCGAAUACGAACGCGUGGCUCGACAGAUUCCUCGGACCAAACCCCACGGUGCCUACCCUGCGGUCCGAAACAAAAUGGAGGAAACGCGUAUAAUGUUGGUUUGAACGUUAUCCUGACUUAAAUGUGUAUAGAGGCAUUACGAAGAAAAAUAAAAAGCUUAGCGCGUGUACGUAAUCCGUAAUUUUGUGCUGCUAGUCUGAAGUCUAGCAAGUGACCUGCAAAUCAAGCUAGUUUGCACACUGUUUAAUUUGUGUGUAACGAGAGUUAGUUAAGAAACAGUAGUAGCUAUAGAUAUGUUUAGGGAAAAAAAAAAAAGUUGGGCAGGCCACGCCCACAAGGUAGCUGCAUUUAUACACAUCAACAAGAGACAAACGAACAGAUACGAGCGAAUUGUUGCCUGCUAGUGUGAAUGAACACGGGUCAAAACUGUCGUCAUGGUAACAGUCGAGUCUGUAGUAAAGACCUGAAUCGAGGUGUUCUAGCGUUUGCCUUUUGUAGGAUCUAAAAGGAUGGAUGGAUGGAUGGAUGUGUUCACAUCUUGCGUACGUGUAACUGAACGUCUGUCUGAGCUCGCUGGUUUGUUCUGAACUCUCUCUCUCUCUCUCUUUAUACAUAGGAUGUUAAACUUUUUAUAUAACGUACAUUUUAUCAAUUUUAAAUGGAGUUAUUGUGCGAUAUGAAUAACGCAAGCUUUCUUAGCUAUUUUAUAAAAAAAAAAAAAAACCACACAUUUAUUUCACCCUUAAACUGAAAUAUGCACACACGCGCACACGUCGCCUUGGUGCUGGAUUUCCGAUUGUGCUUUUUGUUCUCGUCGUAUGAAAACGUAUCUAUUUAUAUAUAUAUAAUUAAUUACCCAAAUUUUAGAAAUCGUUGAGCUCCCGGUUUGUUGCUCGUGUUGUGUUUCUUUCUCUCUCUGUGUUUACAAAUGCAGUACGAUUUUAUUUUUUUCCCCUUCUUUUCUUCUCUCCGGAAUGUGAUUAGUCAUCGUCGUGGCCUUUUUUAUCCCUCUCUCUCGCUCUCUCUCGCUCUCAUCAGUUAUGAGCGCUGCAGGCUGUUAGUGCGUUUAAAAAAAUUUGCGUAACUUGGUCAUAGGUUUUUUUUUUUUUGUAUUGCUGUUUUAGAUGGAUUAUUUUUAUUUUUAUGGGAGUAGAUGAUUCUUCUCACAAUUAUAUUUUGAGGAAAAAAAAAAAAUCGUUCUUGAAUAUUCUUUCCUAGGCUGAGAACAGACUGCGGUCUGUAAUAAAAUCUUACUUCAGUUGUAUUUUGUACUGGUUUAAAAAAAAAAAAAAGAAAGAAAGAAAAAAGAAAGAAAAGUGUAAUAAAU